UCUGGAAAGUUGCGUACUGCACCUUUUUAAAUGUUGCUCUUGCUGGUGUACAAUGGUCCGUCACUCUGUACAAGAGUAAACUGUCAAACAGAAUAGGGAGUGGUUGGGCUGCUGGGAUGACAGCUGCUGAAUACCUGAGAUAUUUCUUACCAGAGAACAGGCUGAGACAGAGAGAGAUGGAAAGAGUGAAACAAAGGGACACGCAGGACAGGCUGCUACUUCCAGAGUGUUUUGCUAUUUACAAAAAUUCAGAAGAACAGAAAACAGAGAAAAAAGACAACAUAAAAGGGAGGAAUUUAAGACAAGAGAAGCCACGUGGAAAUUCCAACAAUCUCUGCUCACAGGCACAGGCUCAGUGUUUCUGACUGAAGAAUAAACAAAUGGUUGGCUCUACACUGUCAUCACUGGUUACUGGGUGGAGUACUGUUAUUAAAUCUCUUGGAGGCAAGCACCAAAAAAAAAAAAAAAAGAAAGUGAAAGAGUAAAGGCACGGCUACAGGGAGGGAGAGAGAGAGAGAGAGGGAUAAAUAUAACACAAAAACUUCAGAGAGAGACAGGGAGAGAGACUGGAAAGAGAUAUUUAAAGCCCAGACAGAAGAAAGAGGCAGAGACAAAGAAACAGAAUCAGGAGGAGAGCUCUGAUUUGCGAUGUUAGAGAAGUAGUGGAUGCAACCAGAGAUGAAUGAAGCAGGGCCAUUUACAGUGAUUCAGGCAGGAGACGGGAGGACGCUGUCCAGAGCAGAGUUUUUCUCACUGCUGAACACCUACAACUGCUUCCUGAAAGACCACACUCAGCUCCAUCUCAGUUACUCUCAGGGGGUUGAUGGAGAGGUGGUGGUAGAAGGUUUCCUGAAUAUCUCCUGGGGAGUACGGAGACCCAUCAGGCUGAAAAUACAGGACGACAAACAGAUGCUUCCCUUCGCUCCUCUGAUCUCACCUGACCCCACCAGUCCAGUCAGCCCAAUUGGAAACAAGAGGGGAAUGUCACGAUGGGGAGAAUAUGCUGACCUUCACCAGAUAGAUGAGAUGUCUGAGACAGCACAGGAAACAGUAGUCAAAAAUCCUUUACCAGGCCCUCCUGUGUAUGAGACCACCACACUGCGUCCUGUGAGGCAGAAGAACCCAGAGCUGGAGGCAGAGUCCAACCUCUUUCGCUGCAUGAGUGAUGCCUCAUUGGUCAAGAGGAGGAGGGGUAGGGGAAAGUCAGCGGCACAAAGAGAGAAAGAAAGACAACAUCGCUUUUCUAUCAACGGACACUUCUACAACUAUAAGACCUCUAUUUUCACACCAUCCUUUGGUACACCAACUAAAGUUCGAAUCUCUAGCAGGAUGACCACAAACCAGGUCAUUGAACAGCUACUAAACAAGUUCAAGAUAGAGAAUGACCCCCAGGAGUUUGCUCUGUACUGUAUUCACCAGAGUGGAGAAAAAAGAAAGCUCAGUAACAGAGACCAGCCCCUCUGGGAGCGCAUACUGCAGGGGCCCUCUGAUGACAUCAUGAAGAUCUUUCUGAUGGAUAUGGAUGAAGAGGAAGUUAGCAAUGAUGUAGCCCAGUAUCUGAACUUGGAGCUUCCGAUCCUGGAGCAGGUCUUACUGAAACUCAGAGAAGAGGAGAACAGAGAGAUACAGAGGGUCAUUAGCAAGUACCACCACCAGCACAGACUCCUGUCCCACAUGCUGAGCUGUAAGAUGUCACCUCACAUUGAGACCAGCGUCUGACUGCUGUUUAUCUGAAUUACUGACACAAGACCUGUCAUUCAUCACAGCAUUACUUAAAGAAUCAAAGAGUUGCCAUGGAGAACUCUGGAGAAAUCUGUGCAUUUUUAAACAUCUUUCAACAAAGCUAAAGAUGCAGAGCAAAGGUGUAUAUUUUGGGACAUACAUGACUGAUGUCAUUACAGAAUAACAAAAUACAUGGUGCUUUUUCAAAUCUUAAGGUUACAGACAGGGUCACUUCUAUAGCUUUUAUUCUGAUUUUUUUUUUAAACUGUAAAAUAAAUACAAGAUAAAACUAUGUCUUUUGUAAAUAACUGUAAAUAAAUAUUGUAUGAUGAUGAAUAAAUGUAAGUUGUGGGAUCA